CGCACGUAUGCACAUAUACCCCUCCUCAAAACCCUAAAAAAGAACUCACUGCUUUCCAACCCGUAUAAAAGCCCAAACGAGCCAACAUAGCGUCCUCCUCGAAAGGGCUAGGGUUUCUCCAGCUGCGAAAAUGGGCAAAGGAACGGGAAGCUUCGGAAAGAGGAGGAACAAGACCCACACCCUCUGCGUGCGCUGCGGCCGCCGUAGCUUCCAUCUGCAGAAGAGCAGAUGCGCCGCUUGCGGCUAUCCUGCUGCCAGGAUCCGCAAAUAUAACUGGAGCGUGAAGGCGAUCCGGCGCAAGACUACUGGAACCGGAAGGAUGAGGUAUCUCCGUCACUUGCCUCGCAGAUUCAAGAGCAAUUUCAGAGAAGGUACCCAAGCAGCUCCAAGGAAGAGCACUGCUGCUGCUUCGUUUUAAUGCAUUAAAACAGGUGUUUCGGGUGUAAUCUUGGCACCCUGUUUUUAUUUAAUUUCCAUGAAUUCUAGAAACUCAGUUUUGGAUCUUUGUUUGAUGAGUUUUACUCAAUUGCUAUAGACUACUUCCAUUUUUUGGAGAAUUGAGUAUUAUUAAUGACAAUCGAAAUGCUUGGUUUUUUAAUUAA